AAGGAAAUAAUUUGAUGUUUUAAUACAGAACCAUAUGACAAUAUCCACGUGGUCUGAACCGACCACUUCAAAUCCCCCAAAAGCCCUACAAUAUUUCAAUCUAAUAAAUCAAUGAAAAUUACUUUUUUCUACUCUCUAGAGAUAAUAUACUUCUUGGUAUAAAUACACUGCUACACACACACACACUCAUAGAGAGACAUCUAGACUUCACUUACACAUUCUAAGAACUUUAGACCUUUACCAAAACCAGAGAAGAUCAAGAAGAAGAAGAAAUACAUGGAGAGAUCACCAUACUACGGUUCAUCGUACCUAGACUACCUUUCUCUCCCAGACCCACAUGUCUGUUUUUUCUUCAUGGUUGUCUUCUUUGUAUUGUCUCUCACAUUGUACUUGAACUACGAGUCCGUCCUCGAAGACACCAUGAACCAGCUCAAGCUCGUCUUCAUGCUCUCCCCUCUCUUCCUCCUCCUCCUCGUCCACAUCUUCUCAGGCGGCCUUUCCUUCUACGUCCCAUGGCCUGAACAGGACUCCAUCCACCGUGCUGGUUCUUCUCCUUGGGGAGUAGCAGCCGUGCUCGUGAUCAUCUUGCUCAUGGUCUCGUACCAGUCAGACAUCCAUGAGAUGUGGUUCCCCUUUGGGGCUAGGUAGAUCGAUCAACCUAAAAGUUUCCUUAAAACUUAUGACCAGCUUGAGAUAUGGAACAUCCAUGUAAGGUUUAGUCUCUCAUGUGAGAUGUUAAAGUAUGUGUACUAGUGAAACUUUUGCCGAAGAUCUUUCAAGUCUUAUCAGAGUGUCUAUAUAUGUAGAUGAAAUCAAGUGUCUCUGCGUGUGUAUUCUGCUUGUAUUCGAAAAAUUCCCUUUAGAAAAUGAGAUGUAGAUAAUAAAAAUUUGAUGCAGUAGAAAGUUUUGUGGUUGAA